AUGGCGGUUUCCGGUUUCGAAGGCUUUGAAAAGCGCCUGGAGCUUCAGUUCUCCAGCCAUGAUCCGGUCAUCGGGAUUGGCCUCCGGCAGCUGGACUUCGAGUCUGUUGAGCAAGUUCUUCAGGAAGUACAAUGCACAGUUGUUUCUGCACUUGGAAACCAACACUUUGAUUCCUAUGUUCUUUCGGAAUCGUCACUUUUUGUUUACCCUACCAAGAUCAUCAUCAAAACCUGUGGCACCACCCAACUUUUGAAAUCGGUUCGACCCUUUAUCCAUCAUGCCACCACCCUCAACCUCCAUAUCAUGGAGCUCCGGUAUACCCGUGGAAGCUUCAUCUUCCCACAAGCUCAACCCCAUCCUCACACAAGCUCCCAAGAAGAAGUUGUGUAUUUGGAAGAUAACAUACCCUCAAGCCUGUGUUACAGAAAGGCUUCUGUCAUUCCUUCCAAUCUCACUUCCCACUCAUGGCAUGUGUUUUCCGCCGGAGCUGUUGAAUAUUCCGAUAACCUGCACCCACUGGAUUUAUACACCGUCGAGGUGUGCAUGACGGAUCUUGACCAAACCCUAGCCCGCAAGUUUUUCCGGAAUCCAAACGACGGAAAAAAUGGCGACUCAGCUGGAAGAGAGAUGACGGAGAUAACCGGAAUCAACCGGAUUAACCUGAAUGCGCAGAUAUGUGAUUUUGCUUUCGACCCAUGUGGCUACUCCAUGAACGGAAUCGACGGCGACCGUUACUCGACUAUUCACGUGACGCCGGAGGAUGGUUUCAGCUACGCAAGCUUCGAGUGCGUUGGAUCCAUUUACAACGAUGACAUGGCCGACAUGGUGAAGAAGGCCGUCAAAGUGUUCGGGCCAGGAACGGUGUCGGUGGCCACCACCGCCGCCAGCCACGACAUGUGUACACGUAUCAAGGCUGCAGUGGAGCAACUUGGAAUGAAAUGCCGGAGUUACAGUAUGGAUGAGUUCCCUGCCGCCGGGACGGUGGUGUUUCAAACGUUCACAACUCGCCGGAAUAGAAUAUAA